AUGGAUUCACAAGUUUGUGUAAUUUGUCAUAACAAGAAACCUGUAAAUUCGACUGAUAAUAGAUUGGUAACGGAGAGCUGUGGUCAUGUAAAAUGUAUGGACUGUCUAUUGAUGGAAAAGAGUGGAUGUCUUGCUUGCAAGCAACCGAAGUAUGACGCUGGUUUACAAGAGGAGCAGCGUGAAGAUAGGCAGCCGGUUGCUAUUAAUAACAUAUUGCAAGGACAGGAGAAGUCGUAUGAUGAUAAAGACACUCAGUGUGAGACAUACGAGUUGUUCACCAAGAAGAAAAAGCCUGAGACAUCUCAUAUUAAAAUAGAAACUGAUGCUAACGGCAAGUGCUAUGAAUGCACAGUGUGUAACAAGAAGUUCCAUGCCCGUAGUCAGGUAGCUUACCAUGCCUAUUGCAAUGGACAAAGGAAACCUUACCAGUGUCCUGACUGUAACAAGAGCUUUGCUACUCAAUCCCAUUACAAAUACCACAUGAGAGUGCAUCGGAACGAAAGGACUUACUCAUGUGAAGUUUGCGGUGACAGCUUCUUCCAGAUGUCGAAGUUACAAAGGCAUAAGUUGAAACAUACUAAAGAAAAGAAGUUUGUAUGUAAUCAGUGCGAAAAGGCUUUUAACAACUUGACGUCAUUACGUAAGCAUGGACUGACUCACACUGAGGAAAGACCUUAUCCUUGUGCGACAUGCGGGAGGUGUUUUCGUGACAGCUCUAACUACAGAAAGCAUGUGGCUAAGCACGAAAAGAAGUGUGCUUGCGGGGGCUGGAGCGGCUGGGGCUCGUGCGGGCGCGGCGCGUGCGCUGGACGUGGCGCAAGGACGGCGGGUGGGGCGCGCCGCCCGCACCAGUGUCCGCGCUGUCCGCAGGCCUUCCAUUCCAGCAAGGACAUGCGCAGGCAUGCUGCUGUCCACACGGAUUCUAAACCUUUUCGCUGUAAAGUUUGCAACCGCCGUUUCCGAAGAAAAGACAAUUUAGAACGUCACAUUCGCAAUACGCACCCGGAUUAUAGCCCAUCCAGUGCCGUCGAAUGCGACGAGGCGGCUCUCAUUGAAAUAGCUAACGGAAAUACCGUGCUCAAGCAAAAUUAUGAAAACGACGAGAAAAUAAAGUUAGAGAAAGGAAACCCUCUACCUCCGUUACCUCCGGAUGUUAUACAGAAGCAUAUGUAUGAGAAUGGCAAUAAAAAUGAGGCUGAAAAGUGUGACAAAAAUAACAUAGAGACAAGUGAUAAAAUGAAUAGUGAGAGAUCAGAAGAGACUGGAAUAGAUACGUCGUACAUUUUAGUGGCAAAUAAUGCGCGGCAAAGCGUCAUUGUGAACAAAAAAGCUGUUGUAGAAACAAAACCUUCGAGUCCUAAAGAUGUGUGUGAAUAUGUGCAUAAAAUAAGGAAAGCUUCAACGGUACGUUUGCCGCCAAUAGAUAUGAGCAAAAUGUUUGAAUUAGAAGAACAAACACAUUUGAAUAAUCUGGAGUUCGGUACUCCGGCAAAGGAGAAAAAGACUGUUUAUGAGAAGAUUUUGUAUGGUGAUAAGGAUAAACGAGAGAACGAGGAAACAAAUGCUGAUGCUGGUGCUGAAAUUCACUGGCGAAGGAAAAUUAAGCAAUCCGUUUCCAUUGACUUGAAGUAA